UAAAUAACCUAAGAACGAUUGAAGUACAGGUUCUCAAGAGGAUCAAUAGGAACCUGUCAGCGUUUUGGCAAGAGAAGUACUUUGGUGGGGGCUAAUGGUGCUCCUGUUACCUCUCAUCGCUGUAUUGAUGGUGAAGUUCACGCAUGCUCGCUGAUUGCUACAGGCUUCACCACCUAGUCUCCAAUGCAGGCUGAUUCAUGUGUGGGCUCACUGAAAGAAGAGAGACUGAGAAACAGGAGGAAAGGAGGGACUCACUCUCUGAGAUAUUUCCGCCUGGGUCUUUCGGAUCCUAGCCAUGGCGUCCCUGAAUUUGUCUCAGUCGGGUAUGUGGACUCGUACCCUAUCACCUCAUAUGACAGUGUCACUAGACGGAAAGAGCCUCGGGCCCCAUGGAUGGUGGAAAACCUGACACCUGAUCACUGGGACAGGUACACUCAGCUGCUGAGAGGCUGGCAACAGAGGUUCAAGGAGGAGCUGAGGCACCUGCAGAGACACUACAAUCACUCAGGGUUUCACACUUACCAGAGAAUGAUUGGCUGUGAGUUGCUGGAGGAUGGAAGCACCACAGGAUUUCUCCAAUAUGCAUAUGAUGGACAGGAUUUUAUCGUCUUUAAUAAAGACACCCUUUCCUGGGUGGCUGUAGAUAAUGUGGCUCAUAUCACCAAGCGGGCAUGGGAGGCCAAUCAACAUGAGUUACAAUAUCAGAAGAACUGGCUGGAAAAAGAAUGCAUUGCCUGGCUGAAGAGAUUCCUGGAAUAUGGAAAAGAUACCCUACAAAGAACAGAACCUCCAUUGGUCAGAACAAAUCUCCAAGAAACUCUUCCAGGGAUUACAACUCUCUUCUGCAGAGCUCAUGGAUUUUACCCCCCAGAAAUUUCCAUGAUGUGGAUGAAAAACGGGGAAGAAAUUGUCCAAGAAGUGGAUUACGGAGACAUCCUUCCCAGUGGGGAUGGAACCUAUCAGACAUGGGUGUCUCUUGAGCUGGAUCCUCAGAGCAGCGACAUUUACUCCUGUCAGGUGGAGCACUGUGGCCUCCAGAUGGUUAUUCAGGCCCCUCAGGAAUGGAAAAUCAUUCUUCUGGUGACAAGAGUUGUCCCUGUGGCAAUAGGGCUCGCCAUCGUCCUGGCUGGAGUUGGCAUUUUGGCCUGGAGAAGAAGGCGUGGAGAGAAAAAUAGAGUUUUCUACCAUCCUACAUCAUCAGAUCAAUGAUUGUAAUUCUCCUUCCCAGGAACUAUGGUGUAUUUGUUGAUCAGCUUUCUCCUUGGUAGAACAAAAGGAAGGAAGAGAGGUUUAUUUUGGCUCAGAGCUUCAGUCCAUGGUUGUCAGGCUGCAGGGAAGAAACAUCACAACAAAGGGUAUGGCACAGGAAAGAUGUUUGACUCAUGGCAUCUGGGAAGCAGAGAGCAAGGGGCCAGGGACUAGAUGUGGUCCCCAUGGUCGCACCCCCAUGACCCACUCUGGUAUAGCAAGAAGUGUGCUUUAUUAAUCUCCUAGGGAUCUCUCAACCCUAUCUAACUAUCACACAUGGUUUCCUCUGUCCCUCAUGCACUUAAGGCCAGUGAUUGAAACUCUUGACCACACCCACAGCAUGCUUGGGUAUUGUAGGAUUCAGCAUGUAUGGCAGAAAUGUAGAAACCACUAAAUUUUCUUUGUUGUUUGUGCCACCUGUUUCAGGAUUUUUUGAUGAACUCCUUUAUCAUAUUUUGCUUUAAAUACAACUUGUCUUAUGACACAAAAAUUCCCUACAUCUUAUUUCUCAAUGAUGUUUUAUGAGUAGAUUAGAAAAUUUCAGCCAAGCCUCUUCUUGGACAAUGAGUGAAGAGUACUUUCGCAUAUUACACAAUGACCUUUCUUGUUUAUCUCCUUUCAUGAGAAUGUUUAUGCAAGAGCUUUGAAUAUCUUGGGUACUGUGACUAUGACCCUAUGGAUCAGGUUAGACUGCCAUGAGGGCAGCCAGCAAGUUUCUACAACAGCCUGUGAAUGGCUUGAUUAUUUUACACAUAUUCUGGCCUGGGAGAAAGCAAAAGUGACACUGUCUGGUAUCUUGGAAUAUUGGAAGUACAUCUUAUAGGUAUCAGACACACUGUCACAUCCAGUGGAAGUGUAGCGACCUGAACCAGACUGUAAUAUUUGAACGUAAAUAUGAUAGUAUGCAUCAGGCAUAGUGGUGCAUGCUUUUAAUCCCAGGACUCUGAGAAGCUGAGACAGGAGGAUCACAAAUUAGAAUGAUACCUUGCCUGAGAAUAAAACACUUCAAAGAUCUGGGGAUGUAGUUCAGAGUGAAGGCCCUGUGUUUAAUCCCUAGUAACUCCCCCACAUAGUGUUUAUGCUUCAGAAGAUGAUUAAAUUGUGCGCGCACGCGCGCAUGUGUGUGUGUGUGUGUGUGUGUGUGUUGAGGAUGGAACUCAGGGCCUCAGGCAUGUUAGGCAAACUGUCUACAACUGAGCUAUAACCCUGCCACCCCAGAAAGUUCAAUUCUAAUUUCUGCCUUCUCUAUGCUGUCUUAUUGUAGGUAGGCCUGACUCACCUUCAUACCUAUGCUUCCUAUUCAUACAUAUAUACUGAGAAAAAAAUUAAAAUUCCACUUGAGAAUUAACAUCCCAUCACUUUUCUUUACCCUCCACAACCCCUAAAGUCUUCACCUCCUAUCCUGCUGUUUGUAGCUACUCACCCUAGAGUUGUUAGUCACACAUUCAUCUGUCCUAUUUCUCUGAUCCUGUUUGACUGCACAUGUCAGUCUUGAUACUUACUUUAGUGCCCCCAACUGGCUUUGAAUAUGUAACUCAGGCUCGACCCCUGCUCUCUCUUGACUUUGACUGUGAUUUUAAUAAUCACACCCACAGAUCAAAACCCUGUCGGUGUGCAAGCCUCUAAGAACCCACCUGCCAGGCUCAUGCUCUGCUUCACCAUCCCCAGCUAAUUCCAUGGAUUAAGCCCCCACGGGACAUCCCUUUUUGCCAGGGCCUAUUGGUUGCAUAGGAACACAGUCGUGUUUGGUCUGCUUUUAGGGUUGACAUGGACAAAUUCUAUACCAUCUUUUAAGCAGUGCUGCACUGUGAAGAAAAUAUAUGCAGUUUAUUUCUGGAAUGGUUUCUUCUGACAAUCAGAAUAGUUGGGCUGUAAUAUAUUUUUGAUAGGUUCUUAAAAUGAUACAAGGGGCUAUAGCUAUGUAGAUGUCUUGAUCCUCCAACUGCAUGGUACUCUCAUCAAAGGCAGGUUGGACAAAAGUCUCUUUGUGUUUCCAGAGCCUUAUCCAAUCAAUUUCCAAAUGGAUGAAGAAAAGGAAGCAAAAAUGAUGGAUUGUGUAUGAUGAAGAAUAUGGUGAAUGGCAAUUUAAUAUUAUUACUAUAAAAGACACAUGGCCAUUACUCCCCACAAAAUAUUCCCCCCUGCUUUGAAUACACUUAUCCUAUCAUUUUUGCCACUUUCAGAAGUCCUCUAUUGUAUCUUUAGGUAUGUUAUCAUAACUGCCUUGAUGUCCUGAAUCGAUUUAAAAUGGACCUUUCAUGGUCUUUUUGAUUUUGGGGAAGAGCCAGAAGUUACACGGUGACCAAUCCAGUUAAUAAGGCAGAUGAGGAUGUUUCAUGUUUUUAUUUUACAAAAAUUGCUGUAAGGGCUGGGGGUUUAG